AGGGAAAGAGAGGGUUUUGGAGAGUAACAAAGAUAAAAGUUGGAAAUGGACAAGCUAAGGUAAGGGAGAGGAACUAUAAAAACCAACAAGAACACUUACACACACUUUGUUGAACAUAUAAUAUGUGGUUUUAGUUUUAUUUUGAGAUCGAGGUCAGAGAACAGAGAACAAGAAGAAGAAGGAAUUAGAUCAUAAUAUCAUAAUGGGAAGGGGAAAAGUAGUGCUUGAAAGAAUAGAGAACAGAGUGAAUCGUCAAGUGACCUUCUCAAAGAGAAGAAAUGGGUUAUUGAAGAAGGCUUCUGAACUCUCUGUGCUUUGUGAUGUUGAUGUUGCUCUCAUCAUCUUCUCUACUCGUGGAAAGCUCUUUGAAUUUGGCAGCACUGACAUGAACAAAAUCCUUGAGAGGUAUCACCAGCAAUGUUACACUUCUGGAUCAACCACCAAUCUUGAUGAGAGUGACAUACAGAUAGAGGAGGUGUCAAAGCUGAGAGCUAAAUAUGAAUCUCUUCAACGUUCCUAUAGGAAUUUUCUUGGAGAAGAACUUGAACCAUUGAGCUUAAAAGAGUUGCAUAAUCUUGAAAAACAGUUGGACAAAACUCUUUCACAAGCCAGACAGCGGAAGGCUGAAAUAAUGCUUCAAAAAUUAGCAGACUUACACAAAAUGGAGCAGGACCUUGGAGAUCAAAAUAAUCAGCUCAAGUCAAAGCUCGAAAAAGAUCAAGACCAACAAUGUGUGCAAGAACAGGAAGGUGGUGAGGAAGAUCCAAAGAAUUACGAAGUUGUAAGAGCUGAUGACCCAAACAUGGUCAACACCACCAGGUACUUUGAAGCCCAAGAAGAAGAAGAAGAAGAAGAAGAGUGCAGGGGGAUGAUAGACGGUGGAAGUAACUUAAUCCCAGAUUGGCUACUUUGAUAGAUCUCAUUAAUUAUAUGUCUAUAUGAAAUAUGCUCCGAUCCCCCCUAAUUUUUAUUCUCUAUUAUUCUUCACAAAUAAAGUAAUUAGGAUCAUGAUGCAUGGGGGAACCUUGGAUAUUAAAUUAUAUAUAUCUAUAUAGAAAUCUUCCUAUUAUAUAUUUAAUAAAUAUCUCU